CAGCAUCGCUUUUCUUCUCCUCGAUCCCCGGACUGAUGUAUGCAUGAUUUCUUCUCUACGAACAUAACAUGCUAACUCAUGAGUUGGCAUACUCGUCGUCGCCAUGAGACAUGCAAAGUUUUCAUUCCCACUCCAGGUCGGAUGCCUUUUACUCGCUUCGGCCUCAAAGAUUAGCCUCCCACCUGCUGUUACGCAAGCCGAGUACAGCGCCUUCGCCGGUAUCCACCUACUCCCCGCUGUAACUCCGAAGCCUUCCGCGUCCGUAGAACUACUUAGGCGGCAGAGUGAAUUAUCUGGUGUUAUCUCGGGUUAUAAUACAUGUGGAUAUGGUGCUCUCAACCCCGCGAUCUCGGUAACAUGUUCAAGCGACGAACGAUGUGAGAAUAUUGGCCAGUUUAGAGCCUGUUGUAACGGAGAUCCAAUAGCGUGCUCGGCAACAGUGCAGACUUCUUGCAAAGACUAUGACCCGACGAUUAUCUGCGCUACCAAGACACGUUGCUGCAAAUCAGCAGAGCCAUACUGCAUCACUUGGUUAUACAAUGUAAGUGUUGACAUUUAAAUGAUAGAUUCCCGCUGGAACUUUCCACAUGAUCUGGAGCUA